ACAAACUUCCAGCUACCAGAGAACCCCUUUAUCCUCAGGUUAGAAAGAAAAAUAUUGCUCCUAUAUAAAUGUAUUUUUCGAGAAAACAAGUGAUUUUUGUAUGUUUGGUAGUAAAUACAAUAUAUUGUCAUAAAAUACUUAUAUAUAAUCUAGGUAAAUAUUAUGGAUAGAGGGUAAUAUUAGUUUCCAUGGACCAAAAUAAAUAACUUUUUACGCCCCUUGUAGAAUUUUACUUUUAUUGUUCUAUUUAUCGCCCUUAAACGUUUGCAAUUGUUAGUUUUCACAACGUCUGUUGUUAUUUCAAUCCCAACAUUAUGUUCAAUCUUGUUGGGAUAACUGUGCAAGUUAAAUUAGUGCUCAUAUAAGCAUAGAAAUUAAGGAUGGUGAUUGCUGGUGUGAGGACACACAUGCAAAAACAGCAGGGUAAGUUGCACACUAGAUAAACCUUAGAUAUCUGUGUGACUGAUGAUGAAGCGCCAUAUCUAUAUUCAAAUCCACAGAGGGCCCAACCUAUAUUAGUAUAAAUGUCUAAUUAAAUCAUACUCCAAGAGAACAGUGACAUGUUCUAUUGUUUAUUCUGCAAGUUUCUGUCAGUUCAUUUUCUAUAUGAUUUGUGAACAAUUUUCUUGAUUUGACUUUGCUAUUUGUGUGUUAAAUAGUACCUAGAGAUGGUGGUCAUAUCUCCAAAUAUACAACAUUUCUGGAAAAAGAAAUGGAUAUUCUCUAUACAAUGUUCACCUCUAUAGCUAUUCUCUUGUUCAUUUGUGUGACUCCUAUAUUAGUUUUAAUAGUAAGGAUCUAUGCUGGCAAGUCAAUCAGAAACCCCAAAUAUGCACCAGUGGAGGGGACUGUGUUCCAUCAGCUCUUAUACUUCAACAGGAUGUAUGACUAUCAAACAGAAUUGGCUAAAAAGGCCCCUACUUUCCGGUUUCUGGCGCCGGAUCAGAGUGAAAUAUAUACCACUGAUUCAAGAAAUGUUGAAGACAUUCUUAAAACCAACUUUGGUAAGUACUCCAAAGGCGAACGGAAUCAAGAGAUUAUAAUGGAUUUGUUUGGGGAAGGGAUUUUCGCGGUAGAUGGUGAGAAAUGGAAGAAACAGAGAAAGCUUGCAAGUUUUGAGUUCUCAGCUAGAGCAUUGAGAGACUUUAGCUGCAAAGUUUUCAGAAAAGGAGCAGCCAAAUUGGUCAGCAAGGUUUCUGAGUUCUCUCUUGCCAACCAAGUUUUUGAUAUGCAAGAACUGCUAAUGAGAGGCUCCCUGGAUUCAAUAUUUAAAGUUGGCUUUGGAGUUGAUCUGAACUGCCUGGAAGGGUCAAGUGGAAAUGAUAACAAAUUCAUUACGGCCUUUGAUGAUUCAAAUGCAUUGUCAUAUUGGCGUUAUGUCGAUCCAUUCUGGAAGCUUAAGAGAUACUUCAACAUUGGGUCUGAAUUUCUCCUGAAAAAGAACAUCAAAUUCAUCCGAGAAUUUGUUGAUGAAUUGAUUAGAACAAGGCGCAAACAGCUAGAGAUGAAACAAGAUUCUAUGGAUAAGGAGGACAUACUCUCAAGGUUUCUGGUAGAGAGCAAGAAGGAUCCAGAGAAAAUGACUGAUCAGUAUCUCAGAGAUAUUAUACUGAAUUUCAUGCUUGCUGGCAAAGAUAGUGCUGCUAAUACUCUUUCAUGGUUUUUCUAUGUGCUUUGCAAGAACCCCUUAAUCCAAAUAAAGAUUGUUGAGGAAAUAAGAGAAGUUAUUGGUAAUAACAUGAAGGAUAAUGGAAGUGUGGAUGAUUUUGUAGCAAGUAUUACAGAAGAAGUCCUCGAGAAAAUGCAUUAUCUUCAUGCAACAUUGACAGAGACCUUGAGGCUAUACCCUGCUGUCCCAUUGGAUGGAAGGUGUGCGGAUGCAGACGAUGUUCUUCCUGAUGGCUUUCACAUCAAGAAAGGGGAUGGGGUUUAUUAUAUGUCCUAUGCAAUGGGGAGAAUGCCUUACGUUUGGGGGGAUGAUGCUGAGGAUUUCCGACCCGAAAGAUGGUUGAAAGAUGGGAUUUUCCAGCCAGAGUCACCAUUCAAAUUCAUAGCAUUUCAUGCUGGUCCAAGAUUAUGUCUAGGCAAAGAUUUUGCUUAUCGGCAAAUGAAGAUAAUAUCAAUGGCUCUUCUCCAUUUCUUCAGGUUCAAAUUAUCCGAUGACACGAAAGCAGUAACCUAUAGAACCAUGUUUACACUCCACAUCAAAGAAGGGCUUCAGGUUCAUGCAGUUCCAAGAAGAGGAUUAGUAGAAGAAUGAAAUACAGAAAGCCACUUUCAAAUUUCAAUGUAUAAAAUGUCAUAUUUAAAGCUAAUCUACAGAGGUAAUGACUGUCCAUUCCUCCAUAUGAACUAUAAGUUCAACUAUUCACAACUCUGUGACAAGAAAGUGGAUGAUAAUGUUUCAUCAUGUUCUUGAUUUUGUCUUGAAAGUAAGGAAUGACUUCAUAUUA